AUGCCAGGUAAAGUUAGUUAUUCCCAAAACGUGGAUGUGGAACUGCAUUUGUUAUCUACAGCACGAGAUAAGAAAACAGGCUGCCCAAGUAAGAUGUCAAUAAAGUUACUCCCGAUAAAUGCUGUUGAUAAUGUAUGUCAUGUCCAACUGUGGUGGACCCAUAAUCAUACCAUCGACCGUUUCCACAUCCAGACUUUCUGUCAGAUCCCGCCAGUGACGACAGAAACCUUUCACAACUAUUUUGCAAGUGGUAUGUCUGCUGCUGAAGCUUUUCACCAUCACGAGUCGACACUCAUGAAUGACCCAUCCACUAUGACGCUGCUUGCUGACAGACGACACUUCCCAUCUGCAACUGAUGUGAGGAAGAUGUUUGGGAAAUGGAGGAAAGAAACAAAAGGAGCGGCCGAUGGAGUGGAUAUGUUUCAGGAAUUAGAGGAUGUUGUCAACAACUACAACAAACGACAUUCGCGGGAUGGUGGUAAAUGUGCUGUUCAAUGGCAUGAAAAGACUGCCUGCACAGAGCGACAAUUAAUUUUAGCUAUUGUUACUCUGUUAAUGGCUAGGGUGCAUUCUUUACCUCAAGCAGGAGAAAUGGUGUUCUUGGAUGCAUUGGCCAGUAUUGAGAGGCACAACAACCCUGUUUAUUUCCUUUGUACCCAUCACCCUUCAGGAGCACUGCCCUUAUGUGUGUGGGUUACAUCAGACAACUCACAACAAACCAUCACAAGCUGUUUGGAAACAGUCAAAGGUUUAUUUCUGGAUGGUGUGUUUGGUGGUCGUGGUGUACAAGAGGGACAAAGAUUUGUCUAA